UGUUGAGUCGUUGUUUUGAUAAGGAAAGAGCACAUCUAUGAGAAAUCGUUGGAAGGCGUUUUGUUCCUGCUCUCUCUCUCUCUCUCCCUCUCUCUCUCUGAGUAAAAAAUCAGAAAUUCCAGUUCUUGAUUUUCCUUUUGCUUCUUUGGGUCGAUGGAACAGCUUGUGAAUUUCAUCAUCCGCCCUCCAAGAGCUGAAUAUUGCCCGAAAAAUGACUUGUUGGAUCAGGAGUUCAUGCUUAAAGGAAAACAGUUUCAAAGAAAGGAUUUGGAGGUUGUUAAUAGUCGAGGAAACAUACUUCAGUGUAGUCAUUACGUGCCUCUCAACAUUCCUGAAGGAAAGGCACUUCCAUGCGUAAUAUACUGCCAUGGGAACAGUGGGUGCAGAGCAGAUGCCAGUGAGGCUGCCAUUAUUUUACUUCCCUCUUACAUUACAGUGUUCGCCCUCGACUUUUCAGGAUCUGGACUCUCAGAAGGAGAGCACGUUACUCUAGGGUGGAAUGAAAAAGAUGAUCUCAAGGCCGUAGUCAAUCAUUUGCGGGCAGAUGGCAAUGUAUCUUGCAUUGGCUUGUGGGGUCGCUCAAUGGGUGCUGUAACCAGCUUAAUGUAUGGAGCUGAGGAUCCAUCAAUCGCAGGAAUGGUUCUUGAUAGCCCAUUCUCUAACUUAGUUGACUUGAUGAUGGAACUUGUGGAUACGUAUAAAAUUCGCUUACCAAAGUUCACUGUGAAGUUUGCAAUCCAAUACAUGCGGAAGGCUAUCUUGAAGAAAGCCAAGUUUGACAUAAUGGACCUAAAUGCCAUUCAGGUUGCGAAGUGCUGUUUUGUUCCAGUUCUACUUGGGCAUGCCAUUGAUGAUGAUUUUAUUCAUCCACACCAUUCAGAUCACAUAUAUGAUGCUUAUGUAGGAGACAAAAAUAUCAUCAAAUUUGAGGGAGAUCACAACUCUCCACGUCCACAGUUCUACUUCGAUUCAAUAACAAUUUUCUUUCAUAAUGUUCUGAACCCUCCAAAGGAUGUGCUUGAGGAAAGCUAUUUCCACACCAUGCACAGUUAUUAUGGAAAGGGUAGUUAUGAUGCCAUGCAUAAAGUAGAACAUCUCAGUCAUGUGGAACCAUCUCAAGAAUUCACAACAAGCAGUACAGAAGAUGCUAUUAACCAUCUACGUUCCAAAAGACCUAUGAGUCGAACAGAUGUCCCUGCUGAUAUUCCCUCAGAAGAAACGCACCCUGGAGCUUUGGAGAAAGUGGGUGAAGAUGAUCUUGGUUCAUCAUCUUCGAGACUGAUUACUUUUGACUUCUCAAACAGUCAUUAUCCUGGCCCACUCAUUCCAACAGCGAUGGAUGACGAAUUUAUGGAAUACUCGUUUGAUAGUUUGUCUCCAAACAAUGUGGAAGAUGAAGAAAGGAUGUUCAUAGAAGCGGUGAUAGAAUCACUGAAGGACUUGGAGAUCAGACACCCAAAUGAAGUAGCCCAAUCACCCAAUGGAACCACCAUAUCCCCCGACUCACUGCACAAGGAUGGGCCGGACACUUCCACCACAGGUUGCUCUGGGGCCACAGAAACAGCCCCCAGUUCCACAUCAGCGAGCAAUGGUGAUGUUGUUGCCCCUGACCACCCCUGCGUGCCCUCCGGACCCACUCCAGACUCGUCAGGGUCAUUCACUGAGUCCACGACAACUGAGAAUUCUGUUAAUGGUGAAACAUCGAAGAUUGUACAGAGCUCAUCAGGUAGUGGCAAGUCGACGGGGGAUGCCAAUGUGAUGGGUGGCACCCGGGCCACCCUGACAGUGCAGCGGAGUCCGGCAAGCCAUGUCUUGGAUGGACUGGUGCACCGAUGGGGUCUCAACUUCUUCAAGAACAGUUAAUGAGAGAAAGGUGUGGGUUUGAUAGGUUUGAUACACAUGAUAAUGGGGUGAAGGAAUGGCUGGGAUUGUAUUAUUGUAAAAUGUAUCUAUAUUGUUUCCUUCUCUUUUUUUUUUUUAUAAAUUCUUGUUUUGAUCAUUUCUUUUGUGAUUGGCUCUAAAGAAGCUCAUCAUUGUAUUCCAAACUUGGAUCAAGGUGAAGAUCCUAUGGUUCUCAAUCAAGGGAUUGUUCCUGUUGGAUGCGGGCCAUUGCCCGGUUUUAGUUUUUGGAGUAAUUAUAUGAUCAUUGGGAAGGCA